GUAAAACCUCUUUGCACCUCUCAGAUUAAAAACCUCAGCUCGCAGGAAAGAAAUCAGCGAAUUUGUGAACUUCAGAGAAAAAUUGGUCGUCAAUGGCGUCUGCUCUAUGUAGAACUGCAAGCCGUCUUCGUUCCGUUCAACUUUUUCGUCGGAUUCGCGUCUCCAGCGAUCUACUAUCGGCAUCGUCUCCUUCUCCGGCGUGCAUCUCCGACGCGCUUCGUCAUGGAGAUUUCUCUCUUCCUCGAUCGUUUUUUUCACUUAACUGUGGAAUCGAAAUGCUGAAAAUGGAUCAGAGAUGUUUGCUGAGUACUUCUGCUUCUGAUACUACCUCGAAACAUGACUCAGGUAAACCGGAAACAAAAUCUUCGGAGAAAAAUGAGAAAUCUGGAGGAUCGGAGAGUUCUGAUGGUGGUUCAGAUCAUAAAAACGAGCGUGCUUCUGGAAAAGACGUUCGUGGAGGGCCGGUUUCAUGGAUGAGCUUUUUCUUGCUGUUUGCUACUGGAGCUGGAUUGGUCUACUAUUAUGACACACAAAAGAAACGUCAUAUCGAAGAUAUAAAUAAGAACUCUAUAGCCGUCAAGGAGGGGCCAUCUGCUGGAAAAGCAGCCAUUGGAGGACCAUUCAGCCUUAUAAGAGACGAUGGGAAACGUGUGACGGAGAAAAACUUGAUGGGAAAAUGGACCAUUUUAUACUUUGGUUUCACUCAUUGUCCCGAUAUCUGUCCUGACGAACUUAUUAAGUUAGCUGCUGCCAUUGACAAAAUAAAGGAAAAUUCGGGAGUAGACGUGGUGCCAGUGUUUAUCUCUGUGGACCCUGAAAGAGACACAGUUCAGCAAGUACAUGAAUAUGUCAAAGAAUUUCACCCGAAAUUGAUCGGGUUAACUGGGAGCCCUGAAGAAAUCAAAUCGGUGGCCCGAUCUUACCGGGUUUACUACAUGAAGACCGAAGAGGAAGAUUCAGACUAUCUCGUUGAUCACUCUAUAGUCAUGUACUUGAUGAGUCCGGAGAUGAAUUUUGUGAAAUUCUACGGGAAGAAUCACGAUGUUGACUCGUUGACAGACGGCGUUGUAAAAGAGAUCCGUCAGUACCGGAAGUAAAGAACCUUCGAAGUACACUUAGGUGAUUAAUAUACAUUAUUCCCAUUUUUGGAAGCUCAUCAUUAAUAAGGAUUUCUCAGAACACGGAGCUGCUUGUGUUUCCUUGAAAAAACAUCAGUUUUUGUUGUGGCCGAGCAUGCACACAACGGUAGUAUCCAUACUAUAAGGGCAUUAAGGGAUCAAUUGAGAUUAUUCCGAUUACCCGUGUCCCAUAAAUUGAUCACACUUCUUCGUAUAGAAUUUUAAGGCCUAAAUUAUCGGCAGUGCUUAAAUGUCGAACUAAGAGGCAGUGCUUAAUUACCCGUUAUUGCUAAAUACCAUAGUAUGUGUUUUUACAAAAUCAUCAUAGUAAAGAGAGUUUACACGA